AUGGAGCAUCGUGAAGGCAUCUCGUCUAAACCACACGAUUGGUGUAUGAUCCCUGCCGGCAACCUCAUGAAGCAACAGCAUGUCAUUACAAUUGAUGGCUCGUUACCAGUUGAAGAAGCAUGUAAGAUCUUGAUCAAGAACAACAUUUCAUCUGCACCCGUAUACGACAGCCGAAAUAAUCACAAUGGCAAGGUCACUGAGUAUGUGGGCAUGUUCGACUAUGGUGAUGUUAUUGCCUAUAUCUUGUUGGUGUUGAUGGACCAAAUGCCGCCUCAUAUGCAAGAACCUUCUGGCGAUGACGAUUUAUCCGAGGUGACGGAUCUUAUUCGACGUGCUGUUGAAGGACAAGCAGUCCCCGUGAGAUUGGCCAGUGACUUGUCACGAAAGAAUCCUUUUUAUUCGAUCCUUCCAGAAUCAACUCUAUUAUCAGCGAUCGAGGAAUUUGCAUGUGGCACACACAGAGUUUGUGUAUUGGAGCCAUCGGGUGAAGUCAAGGGCAUCUUGUCGCAAUCCACAGUCAUUGAGUAUUUGUACAACAAUCGUAAACAAUUCCCGACUAUUGAGAAGCUUUUGGGACAAACGCUACGUCACCUGGGAUUGGGCGAAACAGAUGUAAUCAGUGCAAAUGCAGACGCACGAGUAUUGGAUGCGCUUUCUAUUAUGAGCCAAUAUGGAGUAUCAUCGGUGGUGAUCACUGGAGCAAAUGGUGUUGCUUUGGGGAACAUUAGCAUGACGGAUAUUAAGCAUGUGAUGAAGGGUUUCAAGAAGAGCCUCUUGUGGAUAACUUGCUUCCAAUUUGUUAGCAUGGUGCGCACCGAACAAGGAAUUGAAGAUGGACAGGAUCGCUUGCCAGUGUUUGAUGUACGAUUGGAUACCACUUUGGGAUUCACGAUUGCCAAAAUGCUAGCUACAAGAGCACAUCGCGUGUGGGUUUCGGAUGAUAUGGGUAGACCUAUAGGCGUUAUAUCAAUGACAGAUAUCUCUCGAGUGAUUGUGGGAAGCACUGGUGCAGAGACGAGCCAUUAUCCACGAAGAGCUAGCUUAGCAACACGAAGAGAUCUUCAAUAA